GUGAAGACCCUGACGGGCAAGACUAUCACCCUCGAGGUGGAGUCUUCCGACACCAUCGACAAUGUCAAGUCCAAGAUUCAGGACAAGGAGGGCAUUCCCCCCGACCAACAGCGCCUGAUCUUCGCCGGCAAGCAGCUCGAGGACGGCCGAACCCUCUCCGACUACAACAUCCAGAAGGAGUCUACCCUCCACUUGGUCCUCCGUCUACGUGGUGGCAUCAUUGAGCCCUCGCUCAAGGCCCUCGCCUCCAAGUUCAACUGCGACAAGAUGAUCUGCCGCAAGUGCUACGCCCGUCUCCCUCCCCGUGCCACCAACUGCCGCAAGCGCAAGUGCGGCCACACCAACCAGCUUCGACCCAAGAAGAAGCUCAAGUAAACGAUUCGUCACCACAUGUUCCAUCUCUUCGGCGUCUUUGGUUUGGGGUGUUAUCAUGAGCACGCUACGGACGGGUGGAUAGAUAUUAUCGACACCACUGCGAUGGGAUUUUUUUAUUCUGCGGAAAUAGCUAUGCGUAGGCUAGUUUCGGUGGCAAUCAAGUUGCGAUGCACAUGAGUAAA